AUGUCCAAUGUCUACGAUGAUCAAGAUGGAGGUGGUUUCCGUCGACGGAGACCGCGACCAAUCACUGAUUAUGGCUCCUCGAUGAUUCAGUGGAUGAGCAACCGCAAACCUCCUUACAAAGGAAGCUAUCACUACGAACAAGAAAGACCGAGCCAAAGCUAUGUUAUUGACAUAUUGCCACCCCCCGCUCGACGAGAUGCCCCGGCCGAGUCGAUCCCCGUUCGCCAUCUUCACACCUCUUUGGGAAAAUCCAAAAAGCCUGUGACGGUCGUACGGUGGAUGCCAGAAGGUCGUCGACUUCUUGCCGGUGUGCACAAUGGCGAGUUCAUGCUGUGGAAUGGCAUGUCUUUCAAUUUCGAGACUGUUACUGCGAUGGGCUCUAGUUCUCUUCGGGCUGCGGAAUGGUCUAAUCGAAAGGACUGGCUCGUUGCAGCAAACGACGAAGGCACCGUGUAUUACCUUCAGCCGACUCUGAACAAUCCACAUCAAUUCAAAGGCCACGAUGCUCCCAUCAGAGAUCUGGCAUUUGCGCCCUCGGACGCGAAAUUCGUCACCGCAUCCGAUGACAACACUCUCAAGAUCUGGGACUUUACCUCCUCCGUAAACGAAUCGACCUUUACAGAGCAUGGAUGGGACGUAAAAGCCUGUGACUGGCAUCCCACUAAAGGCCUCGUUGUCUCGGGAAGCAAAGAUCACAGCGUCCGAUUAUGGGACCCUCGGACAUGUCGGAAUCUAACAACACUGCACGGUCACAAGAAUGCCAUCACGGCCACUGUCUUUAGCCGUCUUCGUGAUCAACUACUUGCUACAGCUGGCAGAGACGGCCAAACACGUAUCUUUGACCUACGGAUGAUGCGCGACGUUGCUAUCUUGCGAGGUCAUGAUAAAGGCGUCACUACCGUUUCAUGGCACCCAAUUCAUCCGAGCCUCAUCAGCACCGGAGGCGACGAUGGCUCGCUGCAUUCCUACCUACUCACUGAACCAAACACACCAGCUGGUAUCUCCUCCACAACAAUAUCUCCCUAUGCAUUAUCAGACCCCCGUUCUGCACCUGCGCAAUCAAUCUAUCCCGCCCACCGCAUUUCUCAUGCUCAUGACUCCUCAAUCUGGUCUAUCGACUGGCACCCUCUGGGGCAUAUUCUGGCUUCGGGCUCAAACGACCACUUUACGCGGUUCUGGUCCCGCGCACAGCCUGGGCAAAGCACUUGCUUCAAAGACCAAUUCCAUUUGGGCGAAGAAGGAGCAGAGGCCCAGGGCACCUGGGACAGAAAGUUUGGGAGGAAGCAAGCCAAGGAAUUGGAAGAGCAGGAAGAGCAAGACGAGGCAGAGGGGCUGGAGGAUCAGGCAAACCAGGGACAAGCAGCGGCUGCUGGAGGAUUGUCAAUCCCCGGUUUACCUGGGAUACCUGGCCUUCCUGGCAUAGGGAUGAACGGGACGAUGCAGCCUAUUCCGGGCACUGGUCAUGUUCCUCCGCCACCGCUAUCGCUCUUGUCAGGCCUGCAGAACAAUGUCGGUGUGGCUGGCAACCUAGGCCGGCCUUCCUCGCGUGGUGGUCCAGGUCAGGCUCAUACAGCAGCUCCACCAAUGCCACCGUUCCCUCCCGUUCCCGGCAUGGAUGCCGAAUCCCUUCAGCGUCUGCUUGCCUUGACCCAACAACAACAGCAGCAGCAGCCGCAGCAGCAUCAGCAGCAACCCAGUCUACAACCAUUCCCGAGCACCUCCGCCGUCCCGUCGAUGGACUUUGCAAACUUCAAUCUGCCGCCUGGCUUCCCACCCCCUCCGCCCACCGCUGGUAGCCAGAUCGCGCCUCCUCUCAUGAGCUCCGCUCCCGGUACUGGCAUUCCUGGAAUCGGAAUUGGAGGCGGAGGGGGAGGCAUCCCAGGCCUCGCUGGUAACAACGGCGGCGGCACGCCCCCACACGCCUCCAAUGCCGCUAACGCUGCCGCCAUGCGACGGCGAGCGCCACUACCCAGCCAAAGUGAGGGAUUCAAGGCCGAGCAAGCAAGAGGGAAUUACCGCGUGCCACGAUAA